AUGAUUAAGCAAAUAGUUAAUGUCUGCGUGGCAUUAGUUGUUUUUCACAAUGUUCUUCAGGCUUUCAAAGCCUCUAAGAAUGACAAGAGCCUUUCUAGAAGAUACAGCAAGUGCUUUAUGAUGAUUUCUGUAUUUCUUGUGAUUGACAACAUGUUUUCGUUUGUUUUGAACAUUGUUCCGUUUUACCAGCUGUUUAAACUAAUGGUUGUUGUCUGGAUGUCGAUCCCAGCAUGCACAGGUGCAGUAUUUGUAUACAAAUUUUAUAUACAAGGUUUUUUGGACAAGCAUGAAAGCCGACUUGAUGAGAUGGUUGAGAAUGUAAAGAAGGUUGUGUCUAGAUAUUUCAGUGAAUGUUAUGGCAAGGCACAUAAAAGAUGCUAUAUAAGCAAAGACACAAAGACAAAGGCUGAAAUCGUAGAUGAAGAGGCUGGAGAGCAAUUGAAGGAAGAAGAGAAUGCAGGAGAUGUGGAAGAGUCUGGGUUUUCUGCGAUUGACUCGACUUCUGUCAAUGAAGAUAAGGCUGUGUCUGAAGCCGGGCUUAAAUGGCGGAGCGGAUCGUUUAUGGAUGUGGAUAGUAAGUCUAAAGACAAAUAA